GAAAUGCAAACGUGUCAUAGUUUCCCUUCUGCCGAAAAUUUCUGCCUUGUUACUUCUUAUCACCAAAAGAGAUAGAGCAACCACUCUGUCCACAUGAAGAUUCAAUGGUCACUAACCUACUCCACCCUCCAAUGACAGAUUCCCAUGCGAGUCCUCUCAUUUGUAGAACCAUGAAUGCCAUGAAGCUUCGAAAUUUUGCCCCACCCAGAAAUCAUUCAAGAAUAAACACCUCAAGAUUUGGUGAGAGACCAUUAUGGUUUAGACCCGUUACAAUCAUUAGAGUUGCAGAACACAAUUCUGGGUCAGGCUUAGUUGAGCUUGAAACACUUGCUCAGAAGAAAAGAGAGCUUUACCAGGCGGUGGAAGGAAUCAAUAGGGGAAUUUUCGGAAUGCCAUCUGCCAAGAAAUCUGAAAUUGAAAGUCUGGUGCAGCAGCUAGAAUCUCUGAAUCCUACUCCAUACCCAACUCAAGAACUUCACAUGGUAGCUGGGUGUUGGAGGCUUGUUUACAGUACAAUCUCAAUUUUGGGAUCAAAGAGGACAAAGUUAGGCCUCAGAGACUUUAUCUCACUGGAUGAAUUUUUCCAGACCAUUGACAUAUCCAAGAGCAAAGCAGUUAACAUGAUCAAGUUCAGUGCAAGGGGAUUGAGUUUGCUGUCUGGACAACUCAGUAUUGAAGCCUCUUACAAGAUUGCUUCCACAACAAGGGUUGACAUUAGUUUCGAAAAUUCAACUAUCACUCCUGAUCAGUUGAUGAAUGUGUUCCGGAAAAAUUAUGAUCUUCUGCUCAGCAUCUUCAACCCAGAGGGAUGGCUGGAAAUCACAUAUGUUGAUGAUUCGAUGAGAAUAGGAAGGGACGACAAAAGCAAUAUCUUUGUACUGGAAAAAUUUGAUGACAGUGAAAACUCCUAACUAUUGCUCUUCCUCUUUGAUGUUCAAAAUUAAUACUAUGCGAGCCAUUUUUGUAUCCUUGCAUAUAUGUUCUUCAUUUCACAAUUUUGUUGCUCAAAAUUCUUAUACAAAUUACUUAUUACGGUAGAAAUAAGAAUGUUAUGUUGCUUAAGGGAAGCAACUAAUUUUCUUGUAA